CUGAGUGUUUGGUUUGGUGUGCAGACAGAGUGCUUCCUGGCGUCAGCUGCGCGUGAGGGAGGUGCCGGAGGUCCUCCCUGUCCUCGGGCUGUGAGAGAGCCUGGCUGGAGAUGGGAUGACAUGGGAUUAUUCAUGUCGACGAAGAUCGGAGGGAUAGUUGCGUUUGCCUUUGUACUCCUGUCCCUCCUGGCCCCGGGGGACCCUGCAGAUGUGAGGUGUGAGAACGUUUAUAAAGACUUUUCUGACUGUGUGCUGGAGCUGGGAGAGAGCAUGGACAACUACCAGGAGAACGUGACCAGUGAGAGUGGAGUGGCAGCCGUGUGCAGCCACUGGGAAGCUUUCCACACGUGUGCCCUCACGGCCCUGUCCGACUGCCAAGAAGAAGUCAGCUCCAUCUGGGAGACUCUGAGGCAGGAUUCCCGGAAGAUCCGCUUCCAGGGAAGUCUGUUUGACCUGUGCAGCCCCAGCUCCUCUCCCAGCCUCAGUCUGCCGACGGUUGUCCUUACCCUGCCACUGAUGCUCGCCAUAACGGGGAGUAACCCCGUUUGGAUGGGUUAGGAGUGGGAUUCUCGGGAGUCCCCAUUCUCUGAGUUUCAAUCCAUCUAUACUCAACUUUAAAAGCCAAGGACUUAGGAUGGACAAAUGUUUUAAAGGAUUAGUUUGACGUAGAGCCACGGAUGUCUGUGGUAAGACAAUCAAUGCCUGUUUUAAUGAGUAAUGUUUCAAACUCUCCAACUAUUUGAAAACCUUUUUCUUCCUAUAUGCUUGAUGGUGGAGAAUAAUAUUUAUGUCCAAUCCAUCUGUCGAGGUGGAAUAGAACACUCUGUUGCAUUCAUGGGAUAUUAUUGUCACGAAAACUGUAGGUCUGGGUUACUAUUCAAGAGGUGGACACAUGACUAACACAAAUAAGCAUGAACCAAUGCAGUCUAACAUAAGAUGAAAAGCAAUUUCAAUUAAACUCCCUAAAGGUUGAAUUUUACUCUGUUUUGUCUAUAGUUUGAAUAUAUUAUGAUUGUUAUCAGACUAAUUUAAUCAUUUGGUAAGUACGGUAGAUGCAAGAACUAUUAACACUUUCAACAGAUGCACAUCCACAAUAAGUCAUUUAGCUUAAAGUUGGUAGAUGACACUGAAUCAAUUUCUCAUUAAACAGAUACCAAUAGAUCUUUUAAGGUGCUGAGAGUGGUUUUUGCUUUUUAGAUUUACAGUCAAGUUAGCUGUUCCCUCCCUUUGUCAGUUAUUUAGCAAGGCUAGGCUAACCACCCACAAGCUGUGGUUUCAUGUUUCCAUUUGAUGGCAAAAACAUCAAUUAGUCAUGAAACAAAAUAUAGAAAUAUUAAUCAUGCUCUUCAUCUUAACCUUUGAAAUUGCGCAUUUUGGCAUAGUCACAACCUGUUGGAAGUGAGGGAAUAACAAGAAAAAAUAGCUCUCUAAUUCAGGUAUUAUGCUAUUUUAUACAGAGUUAUGAUUUAGUCCUAAACCUAAGGGAGCAGAUUUGAUGAAGUUUUCCCUCCUAAAUCUAGUAAAUGUUUUGAUGCAAAUAGGAAAAAACAAAAAUAAGUCAGAAGCCUCAUCUUGAAAGUAAAAGCUGCACAUUUUCAUGCAUGUUUGUUUGGCUGACAAUUUAAGGUACACCCAACUACAGAAAUAAAAAAGUAGCCCAGAGGAUAAUCUUAACAAAUUUUUGUGAUACAAUCGUAUUUCAAUGACAUUCCCAAAAAUUAGUUUAAUGUCAAUGACUGCUCUGUUUAGUGCAUGAAACCUGUGUCUUGAUUUAAAUCUUUACCAACCUGUUAGAUUUAGGCUGUUCCUUUGGGUGGGCGUCGAAAACUGUUAAAAAGUGAAGUUAUGUCACAGCGUGUCGUGUGGUGGGAUAAAAGCUCCCUGUAGUGUGUGAGGAUUUGCUGUGCCUUUUAUUGAUGUUACUUUGGUACCUUUAGUUGUGUUUUGCUAAAAUGUUCAAAACAUUCAAACCAAGAAUCACCAAGAUAAAUAUAGAAUCAUACACUUGACUUGAACCCUCGCCUUGAUGGACCAUACUUAAGUUUAAAGCUUGCACCUCCAGUGAGACAUUAAUAGUUUUGCAAUGACUGGAGGAAGAGCUGCCAUUUCUCAGAAUAUUUUAACUUGUUGUAAGCAACUUGAAAACAAGCUUUAAAACCAACAGAUUGUAAUAAAAGGCAAAGUAUCUGGUUCAGUGUAUUGAAAUAUAAUUAAUGGAGCCGGUUAAUAACACAAGCUGCCACAUAGUUGCAUGGACUGCUCUGCACAUUUUCAUUCACUGCAACAACUUUGAAAACAAUGUUUAGAGAGCUUCUGCUGUUGAUUACUGACAUUACACAAACUUGGAUUUUCUUUACAACAAGUGGAACAGUGAAAUUAGGCACAAAAAAGGCAUUAUUGCCUUGCAUUUUCCUGCGGUCACAGAGAUGACAAUAACAGGUCACCAAUCAAGACCAAGAGAUAAGAGUGCCUUUGCAGUUUAGGCUCCAUCCUACCUCAAACCUUACCCCACAAACAAGUUGAAGAAAACAGAAAUGGUAGAUCAUCUCAUUCAAACAAGAGGUUAUUCCCACUCAGCUAAUGGCAACAAGUCUGUAAUAUUUUUCAUGCCUAUGAACUUGAGGGGAAAAGUAAUUUCUACGAGCAUGGGUUAUAAUAUUUUUCAACUUAUUCACAAACUCCCCAGUGCGUUGCAUAUUUAAUGUGCAGACAGAGGAGUGUCAGACUUUGAAAUGCAUAUAUUGGUAAAAUGCUUAUUUAGUGUGUUUUAGUGACCAAACAGCUAUUUUAAUCUGUUGUGAGCUUGUAGUCACAGUACAGCCAAGUAAUCUUAACCAAAAUGGUCAAUAAAGAUCAUGAACAACAGCAAUAUCAAUAAUAAGUAAAGCUUUGCCCUCAGUUA